AUGCCCAAGUUUAAGCCCAAACCGGACCAACCUCCAUACGACACUCCACCCCUCAGCAAAACCAAAGGACUGCCGUUAUUUCUUCCGAAACCAACCGUUAAAACGCUCUCCGGUCACGCUACCACAACGGUCAGAUCUUCCGAAUGGACCCACUCUUUGACCGGAUCAACGUCCGUGAUCUCCUCUCGGGCCACGACCUCUCUGACCCUUCGACACCACUGGCCCCACUGGAUCUCCGCCUCGAAUCCCACUCACUUCAAAUCAAAUCAAAAGUCCGAUCUUACCUCCUUUCUCACCACGAUGGCUUUGCCUCUCUUUUUUCCCAGUGCAACGACGCCAUUCUGGAGACUAACGAAAUAUCUGACAACAUCUCCUGUAUUCUCUCGUUAAUCUCCGAUCAUCCAAUUGAUGUCGAGAUCCGUGAGUUGGUUGAUGAGAUUGGGAGGAAAACGAAGGAGGCUAGGGAAAAGAGGGAAUUGUUAGGUUUGUUGAGGGUAAUUGUGGGGAUUUGCAAGAGAUUAGAAGGCGCGAGAUCGGCUUUGAGUAAUGGACGUCUUAGAUUCGCCGCUGAGGAAGUUAAGGAGUUGAAGAAGGCUUUGAGGAUUGGCGAUGAAGAAGAAGUAGAGCCUAUUGUGUACGGUUUAUUGAGGAAACAAUGGGCUGAUUUAUUCGAUGAUAUGCAAGAGUUACUUGUCAAGUUCAUGGAAAAUGCAGUUCGGUUUGAGCCCGAUUCUAGAACAAUUCGAGUUAAGUACAGAUUAUCUGUUGACGAAAUCGAUGGGAUUGAACUUCAUACCGUUUUGGAAGCAAUGGAUGUUGCUGGAAUUUUGGAUUAUGGCUUUGCUAAGGCAGCUGACUUGAUAAUCAAGCAUGUCAUUACUCCAGCUGCAAACUAUCGAUCGCUUGUAACAUUUGUAGAAGAUGUAAAUUAUGGUUCAGAUGGAAUCACUGAGGCAGUAUUGAAGAUAUUACCUUCACAAGAUAACAAGAUUUUAGAUGCAGAUGGUGAUGCUAUCUAUGCGAGAGUUAUUCAAGUUAUAAGGUUUAUUUUCAAGCAUAUAUGCUUCGAAAAUGGUUCAUGGAUUCAUUCUUUUGGAAGGUUAACUUGGCCAAGGAUAUCGGAUCUUAUUAUCUCCAACUUUCUCUCAAAGAUUGUCCCUGAAGAUGCCUCAAGACUUGCUGACUUUCAGAAGAUAAUCAAAUAUACAUCAGAGUUUGAGAUUGCUUUAAAGGAAAUGAUGUUCAUAUCGGUGUCCGAUAACAAAGAUGACAGGUUGAGUAAUUUUGCUGAAAAUGUUGAGGUUCACUUUGCAUUUAGGAAGAAAAUGGAAAUCUUGGGGAAAGCUAGAAAUUUACUCCUGCAGUGUGAUUUCUUUGUUCCUCAACAGUACACUUCCAAAGGCCCUUUACUGAAGAAGGAUGGAAUGGCUAUAAAUUCUUCCAAACAAGUUGUUGAUUUACUUUUUUCAGCUGAGAGGUGCGUGGUAUCAAAAGCAGCCUCUCAACUGAUGGAGCUAGUGCAUCAGGCACUUCAGGAUGUUGGCUUGUCAUCCACCAGAGUUGCUUUGGAAUUCUAUCAUGCUGCCAGAGAUGCUAUACUUCUUUAUGAAGCUAUUAUUCCUGUCAAGCUAGAAUGGCAGCUUGAUGGUAUCAACCAGGUCGCUAUUCUCAUGCACAAUGAUUGUCUUUAUUUAUCUCAGGAGAUACUUGGGCUUGCUUUUGAGUACCGCACAGACUUUCCAAAUUCCAUCAAGGAACAUGCUGUAUUUGCUGAUAUGGCUCCAAGAUUUCAUCUCAUAGCAGAAGAAAUACUGCAGAGGCAAAUUCAGAUUGUUAUUUUUAAUUUGAGAGAGGCUAUAGAUGGUGCUGAUGGAUUUCAAAAUACCCAUCAAAUGCAACAAUUUGAAUCUGCAAAAUUCAGCAUAGAUCAGGUUGUCUUUGUUCUCGAGAAAGUACAUAUUAUAUGGGAGCCACUCUUACAGCCUUCAACUUAUAGGAGAAGUAUGUGCAUGGUUCUAGAGUCAGUCUUCUCUAGAAUCACAAAAGACAUACUUUUGCUUGAUGAUCUGGCAGCGGAAGAAACAUUACAGCUCCAAAGACUAAUCCAUUUGAUGCUGGAAAACCUAUCUUCUUUAUUGAAGUCUCUGAUUGCUAUCGAUUCAAAAGGGAAGUCAGAAGAAGACUCGGGACGUCCUAUAGAUGAUGAUAUUAUACCAUCCUUACGUAAAAUUCACAAACUAGCAGAAUUGUUAGAUAUGCCUUUAAAGUCCAUCACGAUUUCGUGGGAAAGUGGUGAACUUCUCAGCUGUGGUUUUACAAUAGUAGAGUUGAAAGAUUUCAUCAGAGCAAUUUUCGCCGACUCGCCAUUGAGAAAAGAAUGCUUAUGGAGGAUAGAAAACGCCAGUUUGUAGAAGUCGCCUCAGCAAGCACAAGUAAGGCUGUAGGCACCCUCCUCAGGAAUUCGGCUAUCUUUGCACAUGGGAUGUAAUGCUGUUCUCUGCCCUUUUUAACAUUCACGAAGAGAGAUGACAACAAAAAAUUUAUACCACACAAACAAAUUAGAAAACAUCAACCACAAAAACUUAUGAGUGGAAGUUGUAAAUAAGUCAAUUAUAAGGCAGAAGAAACAGAUAUUGUUUUGGUCAAGUAAGUUUGUUAUUACUUUCCUCCUCGUUGGACCUUCCACCGCACCAACCCUCCGGUUUCCCUUUGGACACUUAGGCGUCUGUUCGGAAACCGAGGUUCGGUGCCGUAGGAGACUCUCCCGCUGCAUUUUGUCGCCUAGCCAAAUGAAACCAUGGUCAAACGCAGCCAAUUUCAUCUUCCCCUUUUUAAGUUCUUAUUUUCUUUGAAUUACAACAAAAGCAAUAAUUUACAAGCAAAA